CUUUCCCGGUCCUCUCCUGUGGGAGCCCCUGAGCCUCUCUCCCUGGACCUUACACGCUGAAGAAGCUGUUCUGGAAGUAGAGUAACAACUGGUGAAGAGACAGAAACCAGUUGCAGGCAAGCCACAGAGGGCACAAGCAAGGCCCUGUGUCCUGAUCCUGAAAGCCGGCCAAGUCUAAAUGUGAUGGCUGGGCCGCCUACCCCUGUUCAGCUGCUGGGAGUGCUCCUCACCAUCUCCUUGGGCUUCAGGAUCAUCCAGGCUGGUGCCUAUUAUGGGAUCAAGCCACUGCCACCUCAGAUACCACCACAAAUUCCACAAUACCAGCCCCUGGGCCAGCAAGUACCUCACAGGCCUUUGGGUACAGAUGGCCUUAGCAUGGGCAAGGAGGUGCCCCACAUGCAAUAUGGCAAAGAGUACCCACAUCUGCCCCAAUAUAGGAAGGAAAUUCAGCCAGUGCCAAGAAUGGGCAAGGAAGUGGCACCUAAGAAAGGAAAAGCCGAAAUACCAUUAGCCAGUCUACGAGGAGAGCAAGGUCCCCGAGGAGAGCCUGGCCCAAGAGGACCACCUGGACCCCCAGGUAUACCAGGUCAUGGGAUACCUGGAAUCAAAGGAAAACCAGGGCCUCAGGGAUAUCCAGGAAUUGGAAAGCCAGGUAUGCCUGGAAUGCCAGGAAAGCCAGGAGCCAUGGGAAUGCCUGGGGCAAAAGGAGAAAUUGGACCCAAAGGAGAAAUUGGGCCUAUGGGAAUCCCUGGGCCACAAGGACCUCCAGGGCCUCAUGGACUUCCUGGCCUUGGCAAGCCAGGUGGGCCAGGGUUACCAGGGCAACCAGGUGCAAAGGGUGAACGAGGACCCAAAGGACCACCAGGACCUCCAGGUCUUCAGGGUCCUAAAGGAGAGAAGGGCUUUGGGAUGCCCGGUUUACCAGGCUUGAAGGGCCCUCCAGGGGUGCAUGGCCCUCCUGGCCCUGUGGGACUUCCAGGAGUGGGCAAACCAGGAGUGACAGGAUUCCCUGGGCCCCAGGGUCCCCUGGGAAAGCCAGGCCCUCCAGGUGAACCUGGGCCACAAGGCCCUAUUGGGGUACCAGGGGUUCAAGGACCUCCUGGGAUACCUGGGGUUGGAAAACCAGGCCAGGAUGGGAUCCCUGGUCAGCCGGGAUUUCCAGGUGGCAAAGGGGAACAAGGAUUGCCCGGGUUGCCAGGACCUCCAGGCCUUCCAGGGGUUGGGAAACCAGGCUUCCCAGGACCUAAAGGUGACAAGGGCAUAGGGGGUCUUCCUGGACCUCUUGGACCAAGAGGGGAGAAAGGACCAAUAGGUGCCCCUGGAAUAGGGGGUCCCCCAGGAGAACCAGGCCUACCUGGAAUCCCAGGUCCAAUGGGCCCUCCAGGUGCCAUUGGUUUUCCUGGCCCCAAAGGAGAAGGUGGGGUUGUGGGACCACAAGGGCCACCAGGUCCUAAAGGUGAACCAGGGCUUCAAGGCUUCCCAGGAAAACCCGGCUUCCUUGGAGAAGUGGGGCCCCCUGGCAUGAGGGGUUUACCAGGUCCUUUAGGGCCCAAGGGGGAAGCUGGGCACAAAGGUUUGCCAGGGCUCCCUGGGGCUCCAGGGCUGCUUGGACCCAAGGGAGAACCAGGAAUCCCAGGGGAUCAGGGGCUACAGGGCCCCCCAGGCAUCCCAGGGAUUGCAGGCCCUAGUGGUCCCAUUGGACCACCUGGAAUUCCAGGUGCCAAAGGGGAACCAGGACUCCCAGGGCCCCCUGGGUUCCCAGGAGUAGGGAAGCCUGGAGUAGCAGGACUUCAUGGCCCCCCAGGAAAGCCUGGAGCCCUGGGUCCUCAAGGUCAGCCUGGCCUUCCCGGGCCCCCAGGCCCUCCAGGGCCCCCAGGCCCCCCAGCUGUGAUGCCCCCUACAUCACCACCCCGUGGAGAAUAUCUGCCAGAUAUGGGGCUGGGAAUUGAUGGAGUGAAACCCCCCCAUGCCUACGGGGCUAAGAAAGGCAAGCACGGAGGGCCAGCUUACGAGAUGCCCGCAUUCACCGCCGAGCUGACUGCGCCUUUCCCACCGGUGGGCGCCCCAGUGAAGUUUGACAAACUGCUCUACAACGGCAGACAGAACUACAACCCCCAGACGGGCAUCUUCACCUGCGAGGUCCCUGGUGUCUACUACUUUGCAUACCACGUUCACUGCAAGGGGGGCAAUGUGUGGGUUGCUCUGUUCAAGAACAACGAGCCCAUGAUGUACACAUACGACGAGUACAAAAAGGGCUUUCUGGACCAGGCAUCGGGGAGCGCGGUGCUGCUGCUCAGGCCGGGGGACCGUGUGUUCCUCCAGAUGCCCUCAGAACAGGCUGCAGGACUGUAUGCCGGGCAGUACGUCCAUUCCUCCUUUUCAGGAUAUUUAUUGUAUCCCAUGUAAAAAAAAAAAAAAGAAAAAGAAAAGAAAAAGAGAGAUUUAAUAGAAGAAAAGAAUGAUGCGCCAAAAAAUUCAAAUGAAAAAUAUAAUUGCUUUAAAACAUUUAUAUAGUUGGAAAGUUAUAUUUAAGUGAAAAUUUGAACCAUCAUGUACAAAUAAAAACUAAGAUGCAUGUCUAAUGAUCUGCACAGCAGCUUGUAACUGAAAAUGAUGGGGUAGAUUUAUGUGUCAUUUACCGACCCCCAUGUUGUACCCACUGGAACACAUUUGCUGUUGUAUGUUAUAUGCUUCCAUCAUAACCUGUUUACUCAAAUCAGUCAAAAUAUCUCAGUAGGAAAGAUCAUAGCUAAUGAAAAUCACUCACUCAUAUAGUUUAAAAAUUAUAAAUAUGGUUUAAGGAAACAUCAAUGACAACAAUCACACACUGUAUUUACUUACAUAAUUGCCUCUGUAUUUGUGCAGAUAUUUUGCCUUGGGAUGUGGGUAAGGAGUUCAGCAGUUUCUGCCACAGUGCAAGGGUGUCAGAGGGACCAUGGUAGGAAUGUAGUCUAGAGGAUCUCUCUCCAAAGCUGUGUCUUUUAGCCAAUCCUACUCAGGAUUGUCUCAUGUCUCAAGGACAAGUGAACCAAUCAACUGUAGUGUAUCUACUGGUGCCACCUGUGUGUAUAGCAUGGGGUGAGACACGUUGUAGGGACAAGGCAGUGCCUCACAAGGAGCGAGUAAACUGGCUGGGAGACAUGAACAGCAAUCAACUCAUUUAUUCCUAAAGGGUGCUUUUGGUAUUGGUUUUUUUUUUUUUCUUUAAUUUUUUUUCUUCCCUUCAUGUAAUUUCCACUAUGGCCAACUAAUAUGAACACCCACAAGCCAUAAAAAACUAGUAAUACCCACUCCUCCACAGCUUUUUAGCUUUAUGGAAUGGUCAUUAUAAAUAGGGGUUAUUAAUUGUAUUUACAUGCAUAUAAAAAUCCCUCUACUUUGCCUGUACACACAAAUGAUUACAAUGAGGUUUUUUUCAUCCAUGAACAGAAUUAAUAUUCUUAGUAACUAUUGAAUUUUAAAGAAAUUUCUCUGUCUACUAUAUGUGCAAAUCGGUGUACCAUCUGAGGUUCUAGAGAUCAUUUCCAAAAUCCAAAACAUUUUUUUAUUUUGGGUGACACUGGGGGAAAUUUCAAGAUUACAUAGGAAAAUUAAUUUAAAAAUAUGUUAAGUUUUUCAUUUAAAAAUAGACACAUUACUUCCUGAUGUAACUACUAAAAUUGUGGGGACAGAACUGCUUCUUUAGACUCACCCUGUGGAAGAGCUACCAGAGUGUCAAAGGGUGCUGACAGCUUGUGCUUUUGAUGACAUCUCAUACUCAGCGUAAGUCAAGAGUGGAUACAAGUUUGAAGGGAAAAUUAAAUAUUUUUCCAGGUCUUCUCUUAGGUUCAGGCCCACUUUGCUAGGCAUUCAGAUCUGCUUUCACAACUCAGACACAGCAUUUCAUGUUGACUAUUUGUUGGUGCUGACAUUAUAAGGCACUGGGGGAAAUCAUGUUUUUGUGGUGGUGGAAUCUUCCAUCGUUUCCUCAAAAUUAAGAGUGAAGCGUCAAGUGGGUAGGUACAGAUGGGAAAAUACACAAAUAAAUACAGUAUAAACACACAUGGAAAUGCGUCUAUGCCAAAUAAGGAUCAUUUUAACCAUCAAGAAAAUUCUCCUCAACCUACUGUCUUUUUCCUUACAAAGUAUACAAGCACCAUUUCAUCUCAAUUUCUUAAAGAGAUGUGAGUUGAUUACCAUAGCGUUUCUUAUUUACUCCUAAUUCUGACAAACUUUUCCUAUCAAAAAGAUGUUCCAUUUAACCUUCCUUUUCAAUGCAGACCACAUUUAUGUAGCCAGAUAUCCUUUGAAUUGGUUUUGAGAGUGUUGAUUUUGGGCUGACGACUAUGAGGCAAUGUAGCUACAUUGGGUGCUCUGCCGAGUAGCUGUACUGAAGCAAGUCAGGUGCUGAUUUGUAUAUGUGCUGCCGAAGCAAACACAAGUCAGAUGCUGAUUUGUAAAGCUAUAUUUAUCUGUACAUGUAUGGGCUGUUUAUUUUCACCAAUUAAGAGUCUCUUCAGUUAAAAACAAAUUUCACUUUCAAAAUACCUUCCAACUUAUUUAUUGGCUGUUAUUCAAUUGCCUGUGUUUGUGUGUGUGUGUGUGUAUUAAUCAGGCAUAUGCUUCUACCUGUUAGAUGAGAGGAGCAAAAGCUAUGCCAGAUACUGUAUAUUCUACAAUGGUGCUAAUCUCAGAGCUAAAUGGAAUGACUCCAUUUAAUUUAAAAAAGAGUUUUAAAUAAUUAUCUAUGUGUCUGUGUUCCCCUUUUAAGUGUUGCACAUCAGGUUAACACAUUAGUGUAAGAGCAGAUGAAACAACCACAUGUUCUAAAGUCAAGGGAUACUGCUAUAAUCCCUAUUUAAUUCAAAAUUAACUAGAAAUUUUCCAUAUGAAAUGGACCAAACUGGCAUUAUUGUUAUUUAAAUACAGAGUUUUAAUGCAAUAUGACAUCCUACAAGGGAAAAGAAUGUCGGUAGUGGGUGACUGUUCUCAAAUAUUUUACCAUGAAUGAUGAACAGACUGGUAACUUUCUUGAGUUUCCAUGAUAGAUUUGAGACU